AGAGAAAAACUCUAAAUUUUCUGCGAUAAUCCAGCGUUUCUCUUUCAGCUCUCUCUGCAACUGCAAUCAUGAGCUCACUUGUGCAAGGCUUUUCCAAGUCUCUAGCCAUGACUGUGCUAUCGGAGGUUGGCGACAAGACGUUCUUUACUGCCGCGAUCUUGGCAAUGCGCCAUCCAAGGAGAUUUGUCUUGUCAGGGUGCCUGGCAGCUACAGUUGCGAUGACUAUUCUUUCUGCUGCUGUUGGCUGGGCUGCUCCAAAUCUUAUUUCUAGGAAAUGGACUCAUCACAUAACGACAGUGCUGUUCUUUGCAUUUGGUCUGUGGUCUUUAUGGGAGGGAUUUAUGGAGAAUGAGGAGGACGAAGAAUUGGCUGAAGUUGAAGCAAAACUGGAUGCUGACUGGAAGGCUAGCACAGGAACAGUCAAGGUAGGCAAAAAGACUGAUGAUGAAUUGAAAAAGGAGAAGCGGCCAUUUCUCACACAGUUCUUCUCUCCCAUAUUUCUGAAGGCAUUUUCAAUCAUAUUUUUCGGUGAAUGGGGUGACAGAAGUCAGAUUGCUACAAUUGGUUUGGCUGCAGAUGACAACCCAUUUGGUGUAGUUCUUGGUGGCAUUGUAGGACAAGCAUUGUGCACCACUGCUGCUGUCCUUGGAGGAAAGAGCUUGGCAUCUCAGAUAUCUGAGAAAAUUGUUACACUCUCGAGUGGAGUUCUUUUCAUUGCUUUUGGAAUCCAAUCCUUCCUCUCAACAGUAGAGUCUUGA